GCUUCAUCUUCAUUUCUUCCACUCAUAGCUGAAUCUCCUGAGCAGCUACUACGUCCCUAUAGAAAACGGCAGAUCUCUCUCUUUCUAAGUUUACCACGUGCAACCAGUACGCACAAUGUCUCGCAAACAAAUCAUCAAAGCUGCUGUUACUGUUACCAGCACCGCCGUUGGCAUCGCGUUGUACCAACGAAUCGUAGUCGGCGCCUCUGCGUUCCCGACAGCUUCACUUGUUCUCUCCGAACCUUCGGAAUUCGGCACUUACUUUUAUCCGUCCCGGGUGGCCGCAACCAUCUUCGGUGCCGAUGCUACAGACUUCGAUUAUCACCUUGCCUCAGACGUUACCACAGCUACGGAAGCUCUCGCAGCUUACACAACAGCCUAUUCUACAGGCGAUGAGUCUCAAAUCCUUAUCACCUUCCUAAAUGUCACUGGAGCUGGGAUCCUCACCAGUACCCAAGCUAGCAACCCAAAUUUCCUCUGCAACGAGCUCUCCGGCGACAUGGCCUCUUACGUCUCUUUGUGUAGCAGCCACAUCGUUGUCCGUGACACCUUGGUUCCCACGCUUGAGAAGCGGUCGCGAUGGAACUGGAUCAAAUCUGGCGCUCACGUUGCCAGCAACACCGCGGUCAACAUCCUCUAUGGCGCCCUUGAAAAUUCCCUGUAAGACAAUUUUCCCUCAAGCCCGCGAUCAUGGUGCAAUACUGCCAAUGGUGAUACGGCAUGCUUCUCUUGGUCAAGAGUGGAGACCUUUCAGCAUUAUUAUGCGCAGAGCUUUGUAGCCGAUGCGUUGACUGCUGUUGACUUCAAUUCGAAUUCUGCACAAAGUGAUGGUGUACUUGUAUCGAAGAAACGUGAGAUCAAAAAACGUAGCGCGGCUGACGUCUGUAUCUCUAAUCGUGCUGAUGGCUGUACAUAGCGAUUCGAAAGUGUUUGGAAUGGAGUGUAUGUAAUGGAGGUCUGCAUACGUCGAUACCGUUAGUAUCAACCAUAUUGAAUACUUGGGUCUGGAAUUUGCUAUGAAGGUUUGAAGAGUGAAAAUGUUAUUUUUAUUUCUAAAGAGUGAGUGAAGGAGUGUUUUGCGGGCUGAGGGAAUGAGGGAACAACGCUGGGUAACACACACUCACUUAGUCAAAUUAUUCCGCGAACAUCAGAUGGCGAAGGGCUUUGAUCAAUAUAUUUUGAUCAUUACCAUCAUUUUUUGCCAAUGAGCAUUGCUGUGACACCCUUAAAACGAGAACACUCAAGCACAUGACUUUAAUGUGCUAUUUGAGACAGGGAAUUGUCGCUCGCAGUCAUAAAAAAUCUGGAUGGACCUCGAUUUAAGAGCUUUAUUGUCAACAAUGAAAAUUAUCAAACAUCACUAAUAUUACUUAAUAUUUCGACGGAAAUCUAUCGUAGUAUAUAUCCUCGUACAUUCUCUUAUAAUCGAAAGUUUUCA